GUAGAUGCCCAGGUCAAAGAAUCUCUCAAGCUAAUGCUUUUUGGUGAUCAACAAGAAGACUUUCCCGAAUCACUUCUCCAAUGGCUUGCAUCCAAUUUUGUGAGCAAAAGUGAUCUGCAGACCUUGCUGCGGGAUCUAGAGUUGCAAAUCCUCAAGAAUGUUACUCUCCAUAUGUCUGCUACAAACCAAAAACUAACAUCUGAAGUAGUAACAAAUGCUGUGACUAAUGCAGGGAUUUCUGGAAUCACAGAAGCGCAAGCACAAAUUAUUGUAAACAAUGCAUUGAAACUCUACUCUCAAGACAAGACUGGUAUGGUGGAUUUCGCCUUGGAAUCUGGAGGUGGCAGCAUUCUGAGUACUCGCUGUUCUGAAACCUAUGAGACCAAGACAGCAUUAAUUAGCCUCUUUGGAAUUCCUCUGUGGUACUUCUCUCAGUCUCCCAGAGUGGUGAUUCAGCCGGACAUGUAUCCAGGAAACUGCUGGGCUUUCAAAGGAUCACAGGGGUAUCUUGUAGUUAGACUUUCAAUGAAGAUCUACCCAACUGCCUUUACAGUGGAACACAUACCAAAAACACUUUCACCAACAGGAAACAUCACCAGUGCUCCUAGGAACUUCUCAGUAUAUGGUCUGGAUGAUGAAUAUCAAGAAGAAGGAGAGCUUCUAGGACAGUAUGUCUAUGACCAAGGAGGAGAACCACUGCAGAUGUUUCCAGUGAUGGAGAAAAGUGAAAACGCAUUCCAAAUAGUGGAACUGAGAAUUUUUUCUAACUGGGGACACGCAGAAUAUACGUGCCUGUAUCGGUUCAGAGUGCAUGGGAAACCUGCCGAAUAAUCUCCUACACUACAGCUUGGGUUGGUUUUGUUGUUGUACAUUUUGUUCUCAAUUUGUAUAUACCGGAAAGCCUAGAACACUGGAAUCUUUAAAGGAUGAGGAUGCAAGAUAAAUACUGCAGAACUAUUGAUCCUCUCAUAAAGACAGAAGACUGUCAGCAGAACUGUAUAAAAAAUAACUUUUAUUUGUUCUAAUGCUCAGCUUGUAAUUGCCAGUUCAGCUUAUUAUUUCUGUGUACAUGCUGAGAGAAAUAAUGCAUGCAAACUACUCUGGUUCAUAAAGCCCAGUUGGCACACAGGUGACACUUAUUUUAUUACAAAUGAAUGUAUAGGGUUUUGGUGGGUUUUUUUAAAGAAUAAACGACACUUUCUGCAA